UAGAGCUAGACAGAAGGCAGAUAGCUACGCUACAGUUCGGACGCAUUUCUCCCCAAUUGAAAAAUUUAGUAAAAUUCCAUUUGACCUCCGUACAUUUUUUUUAAGAAUUUCGUUUUGCGUUGUGUUUUAAUAAUAUAAAUUUAGGUUUUCUCUCUGCAAAAUAAAUUGCAAUCAUGACUUCGAUUGAAUCGAAACGCGUACAAUAUCGCAAGUAUCUGGAGAGAGCCGGCGUCAUUGAUGCCCUGAGCAAGGCCCUCAUUAAGUUGUACGAGGAACAGAACAAGCCAGAAGAUGCCAUACGCUUUGUGCGCAAGUUCAUGUGCGAGAGCUGCCCGGACGAUGCCCAGUACGAUCUGAUGAAAAAUGAUUUGGAGGAGGCAAAGACGAGCAUCUCGCGUUUGGAGCAGGAGCUAGAGCGCCUGCGUGGUCAAAUCAAAAAGUCACCGGAGGAGUACCAGGAGCUCACCCUGGCUGGCUACAAAUCCCUCAUGGACGAUGAGGAGAAUGUUAAUUCGCUGCUCCGCAAGUACCUUACACCGGAGCUCUUGGAGGAGUACAUGCUGGUGACCACAUCGCCGCCAGUGGAUGCCUAUCUGUACGAUUGCGCCGUCUCGGGCUUUGAGCAUCACGACUCGUCGGUGGGCAUCUAUGCCGCCGAUCCAGACAGCUACGAUGUGUUUGCCAAGAUCUUUGAUCCGAUUAUCAAGGACUACCAUGCCCAGCAGGACAACGAUUCGGAUGCGCUGCAAAAGGACAGCGACUGGGGCAAUGUGGAUGAAAUCGAGAACCUGGAUCCGGAGCGCAAAUACAUCAUCUCGGCGCGCAUACGCAUCGCUCGCAACAUUGAGGGCUUCCCGUUCUUCCCCAAGCUAACGGAGAAGCAGUUCAUCGAGGUGGAGGAGAGGGUGCGUGCCGCCACUGAGACCAUGGAUGGGGAGCACAUCGGCUCCUAUCUGACAUUGAGCGACAUCGAUGCCGAGACCCAGCAGGAGAUGGUGAAGCGUCACAUAAUGUUCCAUCGCGGUGACGCCUAUCUGACCACCGCAGGUUGUUAUCGCUUCUGGCCAACGGGCCGUGGUGUCUACCAUAAUCCGGCCGCUACUUUCCUGAUCUGGGUCAACGAGGAGGAUCACUUGCGCAUCAUUUCCAUGGCUCCGUGCGGCGACUUGGGCGAUGUGUACAAUCGUCUGGUCAAUGGCCUGCAGGAACUCGAAAAGACCCUGACCUUUGCGCGCAGUCCUCGCUAUGGCUUCCUCAGUGCCUGCCCCACCAAUCUGGGAACCACCUUGCGUGCCUCGGUGCACAUUCGUCUGCCCUUGCUGAGCAAGGAUAAUGAACGUUUGGUCGCUUUGGCCGAUGAGCUGCAGCUGCAGAUACGCGGCACCGGCGGCGAGCACACUGCCAUCGAGGAUGGCGUCAUGGAUAUUUCGAACAGACGUCGUCUCGGUUUCACCGAAUUCGAGCUGGUCAAGUCUCUGCAGGAUGGCAUUGUGGCCCUGAUCAAUGCCGAGGAGGAACUCGAGACAGCCGGACAGGAGGGUUAACUAUGUUUUCCACACACCCGAAAAGAAAGCUGAUCCCGACACGAAGUACGAAAUCACAAAAAUACACAACGACAAGGACACAUAUCCAACAAUGCAUCAUAUUUGGUUAAAUAAAUAAUUAUAAUAGUCCGGUAAA